AUGCACAGUACUCAUGAAGUGCACCAUCAUGGGAAAUACGUUAUGGAUGGAUCAGAAUGGAAAGCAGCGCUACGACUACAAAUUGAAGCGUUAGCCAGAAGGAAUGAGUUGCAUAGACGUUGUCACAGGGACUCCGUACUCACUCGAACAGUAGAUAUGGAUAUGAAAAUUAUCAAAUUGCGAGAACUAGUCUCCACGGAUGCAAACUAUGCAGCACAAUUCUACUUGGAAUGUGUUUGUCAUGCAGACGAAACGGAACGAAUACUUAACAGGACCUCUUCUCGAGACAAUAAGCGGAAAAAGCCUAAAGGUCUAAACGAUGCUGUAUCAACGCCAAGUGUCGCGACUUUACGAUCUGCUCCUAGUGCGUUAGCGUUAGUCGAAAUGAUCCUUCCCCAGCGAUCCGUUUCAAGUCAGCAACCGCGAUGGUGGGAACAAUUUACCGUACAUCGUAAAGGAGAAGAGUACGCCGAUGGUCAGGAUGAAGUGCGGCACCUCUGGAAAACACAGACUGACUUCUUCCUGUCUUGCCUAGGAUUUAUAGUUGGUAUCGGUAAUAUGCUACGAUUUCCUGGAAAGAUUUGCGAAUAUGGAGGUAUAUUCUUUGCUCCGUACUUUUUCUGUCUAAUAGUUAUUGGAUUCCCUAUGCUUUAUUUACAUUUGUGUAUUGGACAGUACGCUGGACAGACUGCCGAUGUUGCUUUCAGGCGUCUUAUGCCGAUUACAUGUGGUCUUGUACCUUUGGUUUUCAACACUUUCUGUCUUCAUUUCCGAUCCACUGCCAUGGGAAAGCAGAGUCUUACGCCCAACGACGCAGCAGUGGACUUCUCAGCUUUGGGAAAUGUGACGUUAACCUCGUCGGAGUUGUUUUUCCAUUUGGAUAUUCUCUCUUUGACUAAUUAUACGGAUUUGUCGAUAACAUUACCGGAGAGCCAUAUAGUCCUCGCACUAGCCACAGCAUGGUUGCUCGUAUUUCUGGGAGUUUGUCGUGGAACUACGUGGAUGUCAUGGGCGAUAAGAUUCACCGCUACAAUUCCAUAUUUGAUGCUUUUCAUUCUUCUCAUUCGUGGUCUUUCUCUGCCAGGAGCCAGCGUUGGACUGACGUAUCUGUUUUCUUCAGCAUCUGAUAGUAUCUCAUCGUUGAAGAUGUGGUCAGCAGCAGCUGAACAAGUGCUCUUCGAGAUUGGCGUUGGCGUUGGAGCACUGUUCUCACUUGCCGCCUAUAGUCGAUUUCGCAAUAAUGUCUACCGCGAUGCAGCACUAUUGAUCACUAUAAACGCUUUGACUUCUACUCUUGCCAGUAUGGUAUUAUUCUCAUUUCUGGGAUUGUUGGCAAUCUCGUCCGGGCAGGAAAUUUCAACGCUUAUCAGUCACGAUCAUUCCUAUAUCAUCUUCACCGUAAUCCCAAGUAUGACAUCACUAAUGCGUUGGGGACCAUUGUGGAUGAGCAUACUUUACGGGACAAUUGUCUUCACAGCUAUAGAUGCAGAAUUCUUAUGGGUGGAAAUGCUUGCUUCCGCAGCAAUGAAUCUACUUCAUUCGAAGAAUCGUCGCUUAAAUUCACGUGUCAUUGCGGUGCUAUGUUGUCUUGGUUUUUUGCUAGAAAUUCCUAUCUGUAGUAGCGGUGGAUUCUUCUUGUUCCAUGCGAUGGACUCCCUCAUUUCUAGCCUUUCAACCUUUAUACUAUCAUUCCUUCUUUUGAUUACUGUUAGUUAUUUGUAUGGACUCAACGAAUUCCUUAGUGAUGUUUCGUCGAUGCUGCGUGUCCCAAGACGUAGCAAAGCUAAAUGGGCUCAUCUUCGUUUGCAGGAGAAGUUAACGGAACUCUUUGGUCCUUGUGGGACUUUUAUGAGACUUUCGUGGGCACUAGUAUGUCCCUGUUUUUUGACGAUUCUCAUGAUUACUCAUGCCGUCAGCUAUCGGCGCCCACUGUUUUUCGGUUGUCACGUCCCAAUGGAAAGUGAAUUCUUCGCGUGGAUUUUAGUUCACGCACCAUUAACCGCUGCUUUUAUCGGAGCAAUUAUGGCUAUUGUGAACAUGCGUAAAAGUGGUAAGACAGUCUCCACCUUAUUUGAUUCUUCUGCUUGGCAUCAAGAAAUCACAGUUGUAUUGUACGAUGAUUCACCGCCACCUUCCCCUUCAAGUAAAACUCAGCCGAAAAGAGAGAACACGUACAUGUAUAUUGAUCCAGCAUCUCGUGGUCCUACAGUACGGUCAGUUUUCCAGACGGGAAAUAACGAAAAUUAUGCGUGGAAAAGUGGGCGACUGAGAGAUUGGCAGGAAACUGUAUCGCUCGAUCAAACACCAUCGCAGCCAUCAUUUGCCGCAUCGGUAACCUCGCAAGAUUCGAAGACUGUGCGUCCCAGUAGCAAUUCUAAUGACGCAAAGAUCAAUGGGAAGCGGCAUACACCUCUACCAACUGUUAUAUUACCCUCUACUUCACCAAUUCCGCAUGAAAUUCAUCUUGAAACGCUGCCAAGAAAAUUCACACGCUCGGAACCACCUAUAAAGAUUUCUUCCGGGUUGGAUCCUCCUCCGUCCACUCCGGCACCUAGACUAUCACCAUCACGAUCAGAACCACCUAGUUUGACCACUGAUAGACCAGCUACAUCAAUACGCAGUAGAAGUGAAUCGCAUGAUGAAUUCUCGGACAGCGAUAAAGAAGACGGAGUUCGACGGCAACGCUCCACUGUGAUUCGACGUUUUCGCUCCGAGGACUCAGUGCAGGCGUUUUCAACCGAAUCCAUAUCGAACACACCGGUCGACAUUGCAAGGCAGCGAUCGUUGAGUUCGGUGGCUAUAUUUGACGACAAUGGAAAAGGAACUUCUCGUCCAACUCAAACACUAUCACAACUUAAACGACCUCCUCCAAUUGAAACGCCAACACGAUUCUAG